UUUGUACCCGUAGAUCUCGCGAGAAGUUUAGGCGACUUUCCUGGCUGCCGGAAGCCGCAAACUUCUCCAGGUUGUCGGUAUCCCCGGCGGCGUGAUGCCCUCCCCUUUCUCGGUCAGAACCUUCCCGGUCAGCAUCCCCGCGGUGAUCAUGGAGACAGACUGGACAGAGCCCUGGCUCCUAGGGCUUGUUGUCUUCCACGUGCUGUGCCUGCUCCUCACCUGCUUCUCAUCAAAGAGGUAUAAACUACAGAUCGGACACUUCCUGUGCCUCGUCACGUUGGUCUAUUGUGCUGAGUAUAUCAAUGAAGCAGCUGCAAUGAACUGGAGAUCGUUUGCAAAAUACCAGUAUUUCGAUUCCCGGGGGAUGUUCAUUUCUCUCGUGUUCUCAGCACCGUUGCUGGUGAACGCCAUGGUCAUCGUGAUUAUGUGGGUUCGGAAGACUUUGAACGUGAUGUCUGACCUAAAGAACUUGCAAGAAAAGAGAAAGGAGAGGAAAAGGAGAAGGAAGGAGGAAUAGCGACGCCUAGCUGUUGCUGUGGACCUUGUUUUCCUCUGACUGGCUGUUUCCAGCUGUAGGCUGCGCAGGGCCCAGAUGUCCUCUGGCAGCGGACUCAUGGUCUGGGAAAUGGUUCUUAGAUUUCACACCCACAAACAUGGAGCCUUCAAAGAGCAUCAGUGUCACCUGGAUGCUGAUUGAACACGGAACCACAUUUGCCUGGUGGGAGCUCUUGUUCAGCUGCAGGAAGAGUCCCAUGCGGCUUCUCACGGUUUGCUGGCAGACCGCAUCCUGUAACUAAUGUUCACGCUGUCUCAAGUGUGGAAACUGAGAAAUAAACAGCGCCAUCCUGCCUUGUGGCACCACAACGCA